CUACUGUCAGUGAUGUCUUCUUAUCGUGGGGACGUGUGAAUUUAUUUAUUUGCGGAAAUCUAAGUUUAUUUCACUUAGCUUCUAUCAAAAAAUAUUUUAGAAUAUUUACCCGUAUAAAAUUUAAAUUAAUCUGGCCGUUUCCCAGCGUCCCAUAGUUUUAAAAGUUAUUGUUUUUUUACAUAACAAACCGGCCUAACCAUGAGGAUUUGUUUGUUCAAAACUUUAUCAAGCUCUGUUGGCAAACGAUUUUUGUCAACUACGAAUUACAAGAAAGUCACGCACUGUAUCUUCGAUAUGGAUGGGCUACUUUUGGAUACUGAAUUAGUCUACAAGAAAAUGAUAACACAGCUGUGUGCAAAAUACGGUCACGAGUACACCACGGAAAUGAUGAUGAAGGUGCUGGGUGGCACGGAGCAACGUCUCUCGGAGAUCCUGUGUAAAGAGUUGAACCUUCCCGUGAGCCCUAAGGAGUUUAGGGACGAGCUGUUAGUGCUCGGGGACACUAUGCUGGCAGGAGCUCCAUUGCUUGAUGGUGCCGAAAGACUAAUCCGCCACCUCCACAAAACAAAAGUGCCUUUUGCACUGGCUACGUCCUCCAGUGAACGAUCGGUCAUCACAAAAGUUGCAGCUCACAAGGAAUUGUUCUCUUACUUCCAUCAUAAAGUUAUGGGCAGCACAGAUAGCGAAGUCAAAUAUGGGAAACCACAUCCGGAUAUAUUCUUAGUAGCAGCUGCCAGGUUCCCAGACAAACCUGAACCAGAAAAGUGUCUAGUAUUCGAAGACUCCCCGCACGGCGUGACCGCAGGAAUCUCCGCUGGCAUGCAAGUAGUAAUGGUUCCUGACCCUCACCUGGACAAGAGACUGACCAAACACGCCACCAUAGUCCUUCCCACCCUAGCCAAGUUCCAACCCGAACUGUUUGGGCUGCCAGCGUUUCAGUGACCUUUGUAACGGACAUGGUAUUGUGAUCCACGGAGCUGUAUCAGCUUGGCUAUGUGUAGAAUUUAUUUUAAGAUGCCAAUUUCACUGUUAAUAAGGUGACAUGACUUUUAAGUUUAAGUGUCUAUGUUCUAGCCACGGCACGGUAUAAUUUUAUCGUGACUUUACAUCGAUUUCGACGAUAAAUUAUAAUAAUAUGGGUUUGUCGUACUUUGAUGGACAUAACACGAUAAAAUUGUAUUGUUGCUCUUGGUCAGGACUACAAACAGGGAAAACUUGAACUUUUAGACAAACAUUUCAGAUAUGGACACUAACUAGUCAAAAAAGUUUUAUGAAAAUAAUACUGUGGAUUCAAUUCCAAAAUAUGACUGACUUAUUUUAAUAAAGGGUGUCCACAUCCUUACUGAAUGUACAAGUACAAAUAGUGGCCAAUCAGUUAAUUACUAGUUUUCUAAUAAUUUCUGUAAGUAAAAUUUGUAACCAGUAACCAACUAAACACAUUUUAAUUUCCAAUGAGGGCUAUCGUUUUAGCGCCACUGUAGAGUAAGGUCCUGUCACUUGCUAGUAGCGAAGACAGUGGCACCAACUGGUGAGCGCUAAAGUGGUAGGAGGACUAUCGCAUUUGCACUCAUCAAGAUGGCGCCACUGUAGAGUAAGGUCCUGUCAAUCGCCAGGGGUGCCAACUGUUAAGUAUAAAAACGAUAGCCCUCAUUACCUACACAUAAUAUUUAGUGUUAACUGUGGUGCUUCUUGUAAGUUAAUUUACAAAUAAUUUUAAGACAAAAAUGGGAAGAUUAUCAAAAAGGUCUUGACUACAAAAAAAGCUCUAAAGCUAAAGUGCUAUUCACGGGGAAAUAAUUUUUUGGUGUAAACCUUCUCUGUACAGCCUCUGUGGCUCUGUACAAUGUAAAAUUAUAAUUGUGUUGUCCUGUACAUCUAUCAUUGUAAAAAUGUGCUAUUUUCCAAAUUAAAUGUAUAUCACUACAUAAAACAUAGCACUGUAUCCCUUAGUUCUGUAGGUACUUAAUUUAAUUGAGUUUGAAGAUGUACUCUGUAAUUUCUGGUAUCGUUUCUAUAUGCCACAAGGUUGGUAAACAAGUCUUAUGUAAAUAUCGCAUAAAAAGCCAACAACAAAAUAAUAAUAAGUUAAGAAAAAAAUUAACUUUGUAAUACAAAUGUUUAAAAUAUACUAGUUGAAUUAGCAUAUUGACCAAC